UUGAUUAAAGUUGAGGAAGCUUCAAUUUACUCAUCCCAGAAAUCUUAUUGACCGCAAACCCUAAUUACCUCCGGUCUUUUCCCUCUCUGUUCUUUCUCUCUCUAGGGUCCUUCGCCUUUGCCCUCUGAAAAUGGCGGAUUCUCCACGCAAAAAGUAUUCACGAUCCCCGUCUCCAUGGAGAGCUCAGUCCAGGUCCAGGUCCAGGUCUUGGUCUAGGCCGAGGCCACGGUCAAGAUCAUUGUCUAGGCCACCAAGGCAGAGGUCUCGCUCUAGAAGUCGCGGCAGAUCAAGGUCCAGAAGUCCUGGCAGGUUGGUGGCUGCUGCUAUAAAUCCUGGAAAUACACUGUAUGUGACCGGCCUAUCUACAAGGGUCUCAGAGAAGGAUGUUGAAAGGCAUUUUUCAAAGGAGGGAAAGGUAGCUUCAUGCUUUCUUGUUAUGGAGCCUCGGACUCGGAUUUCUCGUGGUUUUGCCUUCAUUACGAUGGACUCAGUUGAAGAUGCUGAACGGUGCAUUAAAAAUCUCAAUCAGUCAGUUCUGGAAGGUCGAUACAUAACUGUUGAGAGGUCCCGGAGGAAGCGACCAAGAACGCCAACACCUGGGCAUUAUCUUGGGUUGAAAAAUACUAGAGACUAUGGCUACCGAGGUGAUCGUGAUCGAGAUCGUGAACGUGAUAGUGAUCGUGGUAGGUACCGCGGGGGCUCAGGUCGUGAUGACUAUGGAUAUAGGAGGUCUCCAAGGCGCUCACCCUAUAGAGGUGGCCGUGAUUAUUCUCCAAGGGGCGGCUCACCUUAUGGCGGAAGAUCAAGAAGAGAGAGGUCUUAUUCUCCCUAUGGAAGCCCGGAAAGAAAGUAUGCUCGUGGCUCUAGAUGAGUCUAUAUGUGAUGUAUCUCCCGUCUGUCAAAAGUGACAAAUCUGGAAACACGAUGUAGGAGUGUAUCGAUCUGCGUCUCGAAGUCUGCUGUUCCUCUUGUUUCGUUUUCUCGUGCUUUUUUUAACUAAUUGUAGGAUAUUGCUGGUUUUAGACCUUGGAUAUGGGGUUUAAAUAUGUAUGUGGCUUCCUUUUCGUCCA